AUGUCUACAACAGUUUUCGUUUCCGGUGCAACUGGAUUCAUUGCCCAGCACAUUGUCAAACAGUUGCUUGAAGAUGGCUACAAAGUCGUUGGAUCAGUUAGAUCGCAAGCCAAAGGUGAGGAUUUAAAGUCGUUGAUAAGCAAAGCCGGUUUGAAAGCUGAUAAUUUUUCAUAUGCUAUUGUUGAAGAUAUCGCCGCAAAGGGAGCCUUUGACGAAGCAUUGAAAUCAAACCCGGAAGUCACAGUCUUUUUACAUACUGCGUCGCCAUUCCAUUUCGACGUUUCUGACGUCAAGAAACAGUUGCUUGACCCUGCCGUGGAAGGUACCACAAACGCAUUAAAUGCCAUUAAGGAAUAUGGCAAGAAUAUCAAGCGAGUCGUUGUGACAUCGUCGUAUGCAGCAAUCACCGGCUUUGGCCAAUUGGCUAUUCCCGGCAAAACUGUCAAUGAAGAGUCGUGGAACCCCAUCACGGAAAAGCAGGCACUCGCUGAUCCUCAAUCAGGUUAUAUUGGAUCAAAGACUUUUGCCGAGCGAGAAGUAUGGAAUUUCGUUGAGAAGAGCAAGCCUCAAUGGGACAUUUCAGUCGUCAACCCGGUGUGGGUGUUUGGCCCCGCUGCUUUUGAAGUCAAGGACAAGUCCAAAUUGAACACUUCGAAUGAAGUUGUCGGAGGCAUUUUGAAAGCCGGCAAGGACAAGAGCCAGCCUCAACAAUAUACGGGCUACUUUAUUGAUGUUCGAGAUGUAGCCAAGGCUGAGAUUAUCGCUUUUGAGAAGCAAGAUGCCGUUGGUCAACGGUUGAUUUUGUCCUCGGGACCUUUCACCACAGAAAAAGUGGUUGAGAUUUUGAAGAAGGACUUUAAGGACUUGCCCUUGCCCACUUUGGAUGAAUCAAAGAAGCCCGAUUUUGACAAGAGCGAGAGUAUCAUUGACAACGAAAAGACCAAGAAGAUUUUGGGUUUCAAGUUUAUUGGUUUGGAAAAGUCUGUGGAUGACACUGUUUCUCAACUUGUCUAG